CAGUGAUAUACCUGUUUCAGAGGUAUAUCACUGUUUCAGAGAAGAGGGCUGCUGUAGCAAUCCUGAAGAGGGCUGCUCUGAACUGCACUGAACUUCAGAAAUCACAGGAAGUGAAGAAUACUUCGGAUAAGUGCUAUUACCUAACGAGGUAACAGAAUGGAGAACAAACAGCAAAGCAAUGGUGACAGGAAAGAAAACAACGUGGUAAAGAAAAAACUGAAUUGGUCUGGCAGUCUUAUUGUAGCCUCUUUAACUGGUGCUUUUGGGUCGUCUUUUCUUUACGGUUACAAUCUCUCGGUGGUGAACGCUCCUGCAGCGUUUAUCAAGAAGUUUUACAAUGAAACUUGGGAAAGAAGAUACGGCUUCUCAGUGGAUGAAAGCACACUGACUCUCCUCUGGUCCAUAACUGUUUCUAUUUUUGCCAUUGGUGGCCUUGUGGGUGCCAUUAUUGUUACCCCAAUUGUGAAGUUCUUUGGACGGAAAUGUACGUUGCUGCUCAAUAAUGUGUUUGCAGUGACAGCCGCAUUGUUGAUGUCCCUCUCCUUGUUGGCAGGAUCAUUUGAAAUGCUCAUACUGGGCCGUGUUAUAAUGGGUGUUGAUGCAGGCAUUUCUCUGAGUGCUCUUCCCAUGUAUUUGAGUGAAAUAUCUCCUAAGGAAAUACGUGGUUCAUUGGGUCAGGUCACAGCAAUUUUCAUCUGUAUUGGUGUUUUCUCUGGUCAAGUUUUGGGGCUGCCAGAAAUAUUUGGGCAAGAAUCUCGGUGGCCUUAUUUAUUUGGAGCAAUCAUUGUUCCUUCACUGAUACAAGUUGUGAUUCUGCCUUUUCUUCCUGAAAGUCCUCGUUACCUCCUACUUGAAAAACAUAACACGAGCAAGGCAGAAAAAGCGUUUCAGACCUUCCUUGGAAAAGAUGACGUGUCACAUGAAGUAGAGGAAGUUUUGGCAGAGUCUCAAGUCCAAAGAAACACCAAGUUAGUGUCGGUACUUCAGCUCCUGAGAACCCGUGCAGUGCGAUGGCAGGUCAUUACCGUGGUCAUCACCAUGGGCUGCUACCAGCUCUGUGGCCUAAAUGCUAUUUGGUACUACACAAACAGCAUCUUUAGUGAAGCUGGGAUCAAUCAUAAGACAAUCCCCUAUGUUACUCUAAGUACUGGUGCUGUUGAGACUGUGGCUGCUGUUUUUUCUGGCUUGGUUAUUGAGCGGCUCGGACGCAGACCUCUUCUCAUUGGAGGUUUUGGAUUGAUGGUUGUCUUCUUCGCAGUACUUACUGUCUCUCUGACUUUACAGAAAACCGUGCACUGGCUUCCUUAUCUCAGUAUAUUUUGCAUCCUUGCAAUCAUUGCAUCGUUCUGCAUUGGACCAGGUGGGAUUCCAUUUGUCCUCACUGGAGAGUUUUUCCAGCAGUCGCAGAGGCCGGCUGCAUUCAUGACAGCUGGGACAGUCAACUGGCUCUCCAACUUUGCAGUCGGACUGCUCUUCCCUUUCAUUCAGGGUGGUUUACAGACCUACUGCUUCCUAGUGUUUGCUGCCAUCUGCUUUGCAGGAGCUACUUACCUGUUUUUUGUCCUGCCUGAAACAAAAAAUAAGACAUUUCAUGAGAUCAGCCUGGCAUUUGCGAAAAGGAAUAAAGUAUCUUUAGAAAUGCAAGAAAUGAACCACUGCUCGGGGGAGAGGAAAUCAAGUGCAGAACAAGAAUCAAACUUCACAUCUUCGGUAGACAAUGGGGAAACCAAAAAAGGGAUUGUGUAAAUCCAGGAUGCUCUUUUGGGGGGAUGAAGGAAAAUGUGCUCUUUCAUUCAGUGUAUUUAUAACAAUGCACAACUUAUAUUUUUGUAUGUGAUAGCAUGAACUGCUUCCUUGUUGAAUAUGUUUUAAGUGAGUACAGGUGAAUUCUUUAACAGGUAGGGUGAUGAUUGAGGAAAUGAAAGGCAGGAGGAGCAGCAGCUGAUUAAGUUGGGGUUUCCUGGGGCACCUGUGAAAUAGGUAUGGUGGGAGGGUGGGGAAUAUAGACUUGGAAAAGUGAAGUGGCGGUGGGGAGCUGCAGGAGGCUGAGCACCUGUGUGCUCACUAGGGGGGUACGUGUGCAGUCACCAGUGAGGAGGAGGAGGCGGCAGGGAAAAAGGAAGAUAACCCAACAGGAGUCUGUUAAGAAUUGGUGCAGGCAAACCUGAAAUGGCUUGCAUUUCUCCACAUUUCCCAGUAUGCCAUUCAAGAUGCACACGAGAAUUGAGGACUUGAAAGAAGACUCGUGACACUCCGCUGACCUCCCAUUCCCUUUCCAGUUAUUUUGACUUUCAUUUGCUUUGUCUGAACAUCUCCCACCUUCCCACAAAUGAGGAGGUCCAGGUUGUGAUGGGUUUCCUUGUCUCUCUUGCAAAUCCUGAUUGACCAGAAUAGAAUUGCCUUUAGUUUCUGGAUUUGCUGGCACUGCAUUUCUGUGGAGAGAGAGAUAUAUAUAUAUUAAUUUUAUUUUUUAAGAAUAGCUAUAUUAAGUUUAAUAUGAAAAGGAAACUAAACCUCAUGGCAAAGUGAGAGAACUCUGGUGGUACAUGUAGAGUAUAGCAUUUGAAACAAAAUCAAGCACCAAGUGUUCCAAGAGCUUGGGUUUUGGUGGGUUUUUUUGCUUUUCUUUUCAAGUUCCUUUGGUCUUAGGAGUCAAACUUUACCUGAGACCCAGUAGAUUUCAUUUCUUAACACUCAGAUCUCUACAAAGGGAUUUGGGUGUCUAUUUCUUACUUAAACACCAAUCUUCAUUUGGGCAUUAGAUUCUGAAGCUCCAGGCCUAGUUCACGUUACUAAGUUUCUAAGCUAUUUAAUGCUUUGUAAAACUGUCCUUAGAGUCUGCUUAAUUCCAUGAUAGAAAGACUCAGCAGGCUGCCAGUAGUUAGGUGAUCCAUUCCCUUCCACAUGGAAUUUUUUUUAUGAACAUUAUUUUUCCAGUUUGUAAUUUUGAUAAUAGGUUUUCUUGAUUGUGCUAGGUAUCUGGAUGCUGAGGGAGUAAUAAGCACUUUUAAAUUAAAUAGCUGCUUUCUAUGGAAAGUCAGCAAAUUUCAGAGCUGCUCUCAGUUGGGAGUAAGGCACAGGAAGCAAGUGCAGCAUGUGGGUAGAGCCAGCUCCUUCCACAAGUUCUAUUUACUAAUCCAGAAGUUCAUAUAUUUGGAGCAUUUGGGGAAAAAAUGUGUCUUCAUAUAUAUAUGCACACAUAUACAUAUAUGAAUAUAUAUUUCAAAUAGAGAAAUAUAGAUUAAUAUUUGUAUUCAUAUACAUAGGCACAAUGGAGAAUUCUUUCUCAAUAUUUGUUUGGGGUUUUUUUAAGAGUUUCCCAAGUAAUAAGCUGUUCAUCGUUUUGUUCUACACUGUAAAUUACACUGUAAAUCAACAUUAGAGAUCCUAAUGUUCAGUUAUUACUGCUAAAUUAAGAAGAUGGUUUUAUACUGUGAUUUAUUUAUAUGUGGCAUAUUUACUGCACAAUGUAAGCUGACCUGAUAAGGCAAUUUCACUACUGGGUAAUAGACAAAAAAUUGAUCUGAGCCUUUAUGCCAGAAUUUAUGCUCUUUUACUGGGAUAGAGGUUCAGCAGCAAGUAAGGAAAUGAAAACAUAUAUGAGCUACUGCAAAGAAACGAAGUGAAUCAGAAUUAUACCGAUAGUCAUCAAAUACCAUGGAGAAAACUGAAGAAAAAUGUUUUCUAAUAAUCACUUGUAAAAUUAUGUAUCUAGCAAAUGAACAUGCCCUCUUUUAGUGGCUUUAGUUGCCUAUUCCAUGUGUUACAUGAGGCUUGAUAAGUGAAUGGCUAGGUAAAAAAUUAGUUUGAAUGCCACCACUCCAGACAAUUUCAGGAAGAAGCUUUUCCUCUUCUGCCUGCAGGGUAAGAAUGGCAAAAUCAGACCCCCUUUUUCAGAUUGAGAAUUACCUUACCCUACAGUUUGGACUACUAACAUGGUGUGGUGUGAUCUGAUUUGAGUCAAGGUGGCAAGAUUGGGAAGCAUUAUUAUUAAUCUUAUUAUUAGGAGAAUUUAGCACUUAGUGAUCUUCAUUAAUGUACAUUACAGGCAUUACUUGUUGGUAAUGUUACCAUCGGAUAACUUGAAUAAAGUAUCAUAUUGGCCUAAAAUAGCAGUUCUAUUAACUUCUGCAACAAGAUAAAAUAAUCUUACAGUUGCUUACUUUUGGAGUCCAGCUCUGAAUGUCCUGGUAAAUAGAUGGCUUGACAGAAUUUCCUAAAACAGCUCAGUGGCUUGUACAUCACUAACAACAAGGGGUUAUGUUUUCCUCUUCUGCAACCCUGUUUGCUCUUCUCUUGCCCUACCUGAGAUAGGCACAUUCCAGACAGGUAUUUUCUGUGCAGCUGCAAAAGGAGCUGCUGCACCAUGGGACAGUGGUUACAUAUCUCACCAGCAGUUUGCUGCAGCCCAUGGUACAGGUUAAAAGCUAUUCCAGUGUAUAUGUGCCGGUGCUUUGCUCACUGGCAAGGGAAGGUGGCCACAAUCUCCUCUGCCUUGUGUUGUGGAAGCUUCGAAAGAAACCUCAGAUGUGCUGGUACUGCGUUAAUUUUCUCAUCUCUGACCCCAAAGAGAGCUUUGUGAUGUUCUUCAAGUUGUCCCAUCAUGGUUUUUUCCAUUGUUAUGCUGCUGUAACUUCUCCAGCAAUGAGAGGACAAUAUGGAAAAUGUCAGCAAUUUAUCAUUCGGUUUUCGUUGUUUAAUGUAUCAAAUUGUCUACAGCCUGUGUGUUUGUCAGCGAUUGUUGUGUGGCGCCACGUUAUCUUUUCCUGUGACAUUGAGAUGACGUACUGUGAGAUGGUGUUUGUACAAGUACUGCAAGUGGGUUAUAUGUGUGCAAUCAAUUAUGUCCAUGCACAGUGACUGCAAAAUAAACCUUUGGAUUUAAACUAAA